AUGAAAUCUCAAGGAGUUAUACACAUCCGCCGCAUAACUAUUCGGCGGGACGGACAACUCAUUGAAACGAAGCACCACAUCCUUACAUUUCAGAUACCCACAAUACCCGAAUCAGUUUACGCCGGUUAUAUAAAGUUGCCUGUGAAAACAUACAUCCCUGAUCCAUUAAGGUGUUAUCAGUGCCAGGGCUUUGGACACGCAAAAUUAAAUUGCCGCGGGUCUCUCACUUGUGGCCGCUGUGCUCAAAAAGGGCAUGAGAUCCAACAGUGUUCUGCUAAAGAAAAGUGCAUAAAUUGCAGCGGCGAUCAUCCUUCAUACUCUCGAUCCUGCCCAUGCUGGAUACUUGAAAAACAAAUUACAUCUAUUAAAGUAAAAGAAAAUAUAUCUUACCCUGAAGCCAGGCGUCGGGUCCAGGCUCAAACACCCAUCCCUGGUGUCAGCUAUGCAUUCGUUACUAAACAAACAUUUUUCAAAAACUGUUCUUGUUACAGUUGUGUUAAAUAUUCCGAAACCCAUAACGCUUCUCCAAAAGCAUCUGAUUCUGACUCCACUCAUUCCACUUAUCUUGCAACUGAGACUCGUAAAGCCGUAAAACGAAAAUCAAAGACAAAAUCGCAAACUUCUCUGACUUUAAACCUUGCGAAACGUGGUCUUACACAUAAAGAUCUGCUUUAA